GGCGAAGAAGGACACAGUGACAUCGGCAUCCCUCUGCUCCCUGCUGCUCAGGAUCACGUUGCUGGGGCUCAGCCGCCUGCCACCCGUGCCCGCGCUGGCCACUCCUGGAAUCUGCAGCAGCAUGGACAUCCGCAAUGAUGUCUCCCAGCUGCAGAAGCUGGAGAACUGCACUGUCAUCGAGGGCAACCUGCAGAUCCUCCUCAUGUUCACCACCGCUGCCGAGGACUUCCGCGGCCUCAGCUUCCCCCGCCUUGUCAUGGUCACGGAGUACCUGCUCCUCUUCCGGGUCUACGGGCUGCAGAGCCUGCGCGACCUCUUCCCCAACCUCGCCGUCAUCCGUGGCACCAGCCUCUUCUUCAACUAUGCCCUGGUCAUCUUCGAGAUGCCCCACCUCAGGGACGUCGGCCUGCACAGCCUGACCAAUAUCCUGCGGGGCUCGGUGCGCAUCGAACGCAACCAGGAGCUCUGCCAUAUCUCCACCAUCGACUGGGGGCUGCUGCUGCUCGACUCGGUGGAGAACAACUACAUCGUGGGCAACAAGCUGGUGGAGGAGUGUGCCGACGUGUGCCCGGGCAUCCUGGACGUGGAGAAGCCCUGUGUCCAGACCAGUGUCAAUGGGCAGCUGGAGUACCGGUGUUGGACAUCCAGCUUCUGCCAGAAAGUGUGUCCCUGUGGCGAGGGAAUCGCGUGCACCGCCGGCGGGGAGUGCUGCCACCCCGAGUGCCUGGGAGGCUGCAGCCGGCCGUGGGACAGCCGGUCCUGCGUGGCCUGCCGCCGCUUCUACUUCAACGGGCACUGCCUGCCCUCCUGCCCGGCCCGCACCUACCGCUACGAGAGCUGGCGCUGCGUGACGGCCGAGUACUGCGCCAGCCUGCGCAAGGUGUCCGAGAACCCCCGCGAGGCCUCCGAGUUCGUCAUCCACAAGGAGGGGUGCCUGUCCGAGUGCCCCUCGGGGUACACCCGCAACGACAGCAGCAUCUUCUGCCACAAGUGCGAGGGGCUGUGCCCCAAGGAGUGCAAAGUGGGCACCAAGACCAUCGACUCGACCCGCGCGGCGCAGGAGCUGGCUGGCUGCACCUACGUCGAGGGCAACCUGAUCAUUAACAUCCGCAGGGGCUCCAACCUGGCCUCGGAGCUGCAAAGCAGCUUAGGACUCAUUGAGACCAUCACGGGCUUCCUGAAGAUCAAGCACUCCUUCGCCCUCGUCUCCUUGUCCUUCUUCAAGAACCUCAAGCUCAUCCGGGGAGACUCCAUGGUGGACGGGAAUUACACCCUCUACGUCCUGGACAACCAGAAUUUGCAGCAGCUCUGGGACUGGGGCCACCACACGCUCUCCAUCCCCGUGGGGAAGGUGUAUUUCGCCUUCAACCCCAAGCUCUGCCUCUCCGAGAUCUACCGCAUGGAGGAGGUGACGGGCACCAAGGGCCGGCAGAACAAGGCGGAGAUCAACCCCCGCACGAACGGGGACAGGGCCUCCUGCAAGACCCAGACGCUGCGCUUCGUCUCCAACAUCACCGAGUCCGACCGCAUCUUCCUGAAGUGGGAACGCUACCGGCCCCCGGAAUACCGUGACCUGCUCAGCUUCAUCGUCUACUACAAGGAAUCGCCCUUCCAGAACGUGACCGAGUAUGUGGGGCAGGAUGCCUGUGGGGCCAAUAGCUGGAACGUGGUGGAUGUGGAACUGCCGCUGAACAAAGACCAAAAGACGGGGGCCAGUGUGUUUGAAAACCAGUCCCCCACGGUGCCCCGGGACGUCCUCUCCAUGUCCAACUCCUCCUCCCACAUCAUCGUGCGCUGGAAGCCGCCCAGCCAACGCAACGGGAACAUCACCUACUACCUGGUGCUGUGGCAGCAGCUGGCGGAGGACAUGGAGCUCUACGUGAAUGACUAUUGCCACAAAGGUGAGCAGGACGGCGGGCAGCUGCACAUGGAGGGCGAGGCCAUCUCCUUCCAGAAGAAGUUUGAGAACUUCCUCCACAAUUCCAUCAUCAUCCCAAGACCUCCCUGGAAGGUGACAUCUGUCAAAAAGAACCCGCAGAGGUCUCCGAAGAGGCGCAGGGAUAUCUUGGCGGUGACCAGCUCCGGCCACCCCCUCCUCAAUGCCUCCUCUCUGGAGCCCCCAGGGAACUCGGCUCCCCAUAACCGCACGGGCGCCGCCCCCAAAGCCCAGACGGAUUUCCGGAUCUUUGAGGACAAGGUGGUGCGGGACCGGGCGGUCAUCUCCCAGCUGCGCCACUUCACAGAGUACCGCAUCGACAUCCACGCCUGCAACCACGCGGCCCACACCGUGGGCUGCAGCGCCGCCACCUACGUCUUCGCCCGGACCAUGCCCGAGCUGGAAGCGGAUAACAUCCCCGGCAACGUCACCUGGGAGCCGGCCAGCAAGAACAGUGUCCGGCUGCACUGGGAGGAACCCAGGAACCCCAAUGGGCUGAUCCUCAAGUACGAGAUCAAGUACAGCCGGGAGCACGAGGAGGUCACCACAGUGGUGUGUGUCUCUCGCCACCGCUAUGCCAAAUACAGGGGCGUCCACCUCACCCUCCUGCAGCCGGGGAAUUACUCCGCCAAGGUACGGGCCACCUCGCUGUCCGGGAACGGGUCUUGGACGGGACUCAUCAAGUUUUACAUCCUUGGCCCGGCUGAGGAGGAGUCGGGCAGCUUCUACGUGCUGCUGACCAUCAUGCCCAUUGCCCUCAUGGUGCUGAUCGCCGGCCUGGUCGUCUUCAUCUUCUUCUACAAUAAGCGAAGGAACAAUGACGGGUACCCCAGCGGCACUCUGUAUGCCUCAGUCAAUCCGGAAUACUUCAGCACCUCGGACAUGUACAUACCGGAUGAAUGGGAGGUGUCACGGGAUAAGAUCACAGUGACCCGGGAGUUGGGGCAGGGGUCUUUCGGGAUGGUCUAUGAAGGGAUCGCCCAGGACAUCGAGAAAGAGGGCGAAGAGACGAAAGUGGCCUUGAAGACAUUCAAUGAACUGGCCACCAUGAGGGAGCGGAUUGAAUUCCUGAACGAGGCCUCGGUCAUGAAGGCGUUUAAGUGUCACCAUGUGGUCCGUCUCCUCGGCGUGGUGUCCCAGGGCCAGCCGGCCCUGGUCAUUAUGGAGCUGAUGACCCGAGGGGACUUGAAGAGUUACCUCCGCUCUCUCCGACCGGACGCAGAGAACAACCCUGGCCUGCCCCUGCCCUCACUCAAGGAGAUGAUCCAGAUGGCGGGGGAGAUCGCUGACGGCAUGGCCUACCUCAAUGCCAAGAAGUUUGUGCACCGGGACCUCGCCGCCCGCAACUGCAUGGUGUCGGAGGACUUCACGGUGAAGAUCGGAGAUUUUGGCAUGACCAGAGACAUCUACGAGACGGACUAUUACCGGAAAGGCGGCAAGGGGCUGCUUCCCGUCCGCUGGAUGUCCCCAGAAGCCCUGAAGGACGGGAUCUUCAACACCCACUCCGACGUCUGGUCGUUCGGGGUGGUGCUGUGGGAGAUCGCCACGCUGGCCGAGCAGCCCUACCAGGGCAUGUCCAACGAGCAGGUGCUGCGCUUUGUGAUGGACAACGGCGUCCUGGAGAGGCCUGAGAACUGCCCGGACAAACUCCAUGAGCUGAGGAGCUGGUGCUGGCAGCAGAACCCCCGCCAGCGCCCCAGUUUCACCCAGCUGCUGGAGAGCUGCAAGGACGACAUGAACCCCAGCUUCCGCCGCCUCUCCUUCUUCUACAGCGCCGAGAACAAGCGAGAGACGGCCCCCCUCUUGGAGGGGGAGCCCCACUCCGCGCUGGCUGCCCUGCGCUUCCCCCUGGCCGCCAACGGCAGCCCCGGGCCUGCCGUCGCCCCACGGAAAGACCAGAGCUAUGCCCGGAACUGCUGCCACUUGAACGGGGCGCCGGGCCUCUGA